UUCACUCGUAGAUAAGUGUGUUAUAGUUAACCUAGACAAUAUUAUGAUCUACAGUGAGACCCGUGAGCAGUACUUAAAGGACCUCGAAGCAGUUUUUACGCUACUGCAGGAGCAUCGGCUGCUCACGAAGGGGUUGAAGUGCGAGUUUUUGAAAGAUCGCUUAGAAUUUAUAGGACACGUUAUUUCCACUAAAGGCGUAGAAGUGGACCCCCGCAAGAUCAAGACAGUGCAAGCCUGGCUACCGCCUAAGAACCUGCAGGAGCUGCAAAGAUUUUUAGGCGAAGGCCUACAGCCAAUCGCAGGCGGAGAACGACAGGGAAAAGACCUCGGAACCUCCGAAAAAGAUCAAGGAUUAUUGAAGGAGUUCCAAGACAUUCUUCCUGACGAUCUUCCGAACGAGCUACCGCCAUACCGAACGCAUCAAUACGAGAUCGUGGAGGAACCGGGAUCGAAGCCGACCUUCCGAACCAUAUAUCGGCUCAGCCCUACGGAGCUGACCGACAUGAAAAAACAUAUCGAGUAUCUCCUUGCCAAAGGACUCAUCCAACCAUCCACUUCGCUAUACGGUGCCCCAGUAAUCUUCACACCGAAACUGGACGGAAGCCUGCGCAUGUGCAUCGAUUACCAGGCUCUUAACAAGCAGACCAUCAAGAAAAAAUAUCCGAUACCGCGAAUCGAUGACCUGCUUGACCAGCUUCAAGGAGCUAUGGUAUUUUCCCACUGGAUCUGCGGUCCGGAUACUGGCACAUACGGAUGGAGGACAACUCUAUCCACAAAACUGCUUACCGAACUCGGUAUGGAUCGUACGACUACCGCCAUACCGAACGCAUCAAUACGAGAUCGUGGAGGAAUCGGGAUAUCGAAGCCAACCUUCCGAACCAUAUAUCGGCUCAGCCCUACGGAGCUGACCGACAUGAAAAAACAUAUCGAGUAUCUCCUUGCCAAAGGACUCAUCCGACCAUCCACUUCGCCAUACGGUGCCCCAGUAAUCUUCACACCGAAACUGGACGGAAGCCUGCGCAUGUGCAUCGAUUACCGGGCUCUUAACAAGCAGACCAUCAAGAAAAAAUAUCCGAUACCGCGAAUCGAUGACCUGCUUGACCAGCUUCAAGGAGCUACGGUAUUUUCCCAACUGGAUCUGCGGUCCGGAUACUGGCAUAUACGGAUGGCGGACCACUCUAUCCACAAAACUGCUUUACGAACUCGGUAUGGAUCGUACGAGUAUUUGGUAAUGCCAUUCGGACUCACCAACGCACCAGCAACAUUCCAAGCCGAAAUGAACCACAUUCUACGACCACUUUUAGACGAGUGCGUGAUGGUAUACCUGGACGACAUCCUCAUCUACUCGCGCGACAUGAAGCAGCACGUCGAACACCUGCGACACGUCUUCGAAAUUCUUCGACGAGAACGGUUCUACGUCAAACUGUCCAAGAGUGAAUUCGCCCUUGAGAAGGUCCAGUUCCUAAGACACAUGGUGAGCGCUCAAGGAGUUCACGUCGACCUCAAGAAAACCGAAGCCCAGUUCCUAGGCUUCGCUAAUUACUACAACAGGUUUGUGCCACAGCAUGCGAAACUCGCAGCACCACUCACGAAUCUGCUGAAGAAGAACACGCCCUACAAAUGGGAGCCGAAGUACCAAGAAGCCAUGGAGCAGCUGAAGCAAGCACUCACGUCCGCACCAGUACUCAUCUUGCCAGAUCCCGAAUGCGACUACGUCAUCGAAGCUGACGCCAGUGACCAGGCAAUGGGAGCAGUCUUGAUGCAAGACCAAGGAAAUGGACUGCAACCAAUCGCCUACCUCAGCAAGAAACUGCACGAGGCAGAACUAAACCACCCGAUACACGACAAAGAGGCCCUUGCCAUCGUCAUCGCCUUCAAAGCGUGGAGAUGUUAUCUCGAAGGACGAAGAACAACCAUCUACACCGACCACUGCAGCCUGAAAUAUUUGAAGACACAACCCAACCUUUCCAGGCGGCAGGUCCGGUGGAUCAACUUCCUCGAGACACACUUCCACUACGACAUCGUGUACAAGCUCGGCCACAAAAACAAAGCAGACGCUCUGAGCCGACCUGCACACCUUUGGUGGAGAUGGUUUUCCUCGUUAUUAUUCCCAUAACCCAUACCUAGAUAAAUUAUGGAUCCCAAAGAAAUGGCGUUUGUGGCUCCUGGCCAGCCCCGGCGAUUCUGCUGACGUAGUUAUUUUCUGCGGUCGCACCUGGUGGUCGCUGCCACUGCGAUGCAGGUCUACGGUGUGACGUGGACAGCGUGCGGGAAGACGCCAUCCCCUUACGUCAUACUAUGCACACUGCACAUGUUUCUAGGACGAGAUGCGGGCUGCCCACCCGCUGGCCACCCGCCACGGGCUUACGGGGAGGCCCGCUUGUCUCUCGGCUUGGAUGUGGACGCCAACCUGCCGUUUGUGACGAGAUCGCCACCGAUGGGUCCGGCUGGUGCACCGACGACGAGGCCGCUGCCAUUGCAUUGGCGUGUGAAUUGCUACCCGGCCUCGUCGCCCCAGGAGAGAUGCCAGGAGACUCGAGAGGCAGAGGGCUAGAUGCCAUCGUGCGAGUCGGCAAGCUUUCACACGUGCUGGGCAUGGAACACUGGUUCAUAAAGCCGCGUCAAGGUCUCAACGGUCGCAAGACGGCAAAUGCUCAGCGCUCGAGAUGAGGGAAGCGACGAAGGUUGGUUCGCGUGGACCCUUCGCCGCGCGCAAACCAUCGUGCUCGCGUUGCGUUGUCUGAGCGUGUUACAUGCACUUCAACACAGGGUCUGGUGCUUAUGUUCUUAUGCGCUAGGGUUCCAUAAAUAUUUGUACAAACGGUGUUCGGCCAUAUGCUUGCCGCCUUAUGAAGACGGCACAAAUGUUAGAGUAGCAGGAAAAGGUGUCGAAGGGAAAAUCGUCGAGGGAUAC